AUGCCAUUCCAGCCGCACUUUGUCCCCAAAUCCAGGCAGAGAGGGGCUGGCUCAGAGCAGCCACAGGAGAUGGCACCCCUAGAAGCAACAGGCCUGCUCCCUUCGGUGGCUCAGCGAGGUUCAGCCCUGCCCACAGCGAGUGUCACCACCCACCCCGGCUGCGCCAUGAGGAUGAGUGUGACCCCCGGCUUCAGGAGGUGCCAGGGCCAUGCAAGGACCAGAGAAGAUCCUCCCAAAAGGAAGUGCACAGGCUGGCUGGAGAAGGUAGGGAAAGCCCUAUUGGUGGGGCAGAGUGGAGAUAUUGGUGCAUUGCCAGGGACAGAUGUAUCUCUGCAGCAGUGGUGGGGAAUUAAACUCAGGCAGGUCAGAGGUCAGGAUGGCAUUGAUGCAGAGGACCAGCAUCCAUGAAUAUUCCUGCCUUCACAGCACAGCUGUGUUUGCUGGUGGAUCCCUGGCUCCAGGCCACCGUUUGCCAAAUGUUCACUCCUCCUUUAUAGUAAGACAGUGCCUUCCAGGUGUUGUUGGCCUUGCAACUCCCAGGCAGCCAGACUUAAUGGUCAGAGGUGAUGGGCGCUGCAGUCCAGCAACUUUGGCUACGCUUGUCAUUAGGCAAUUAGGAUACACAAGGGAUACCCUUAGGGCUUUGACAUUCACUAGGUCAUGGCGCUAGCCCUGGUACUGAGCCUGUGCUGGAGAAGAAAGCUGCCCGGCGGUGCUUCUGCAUCCCUCCAUUCUGGUUUACUGGUUUCAGGGCAGAGGAAAGGACCGGCCAUUGACAAGGCUGAACAAGGGGUGUGUUAGCUGAGGCUGGGAUGUACUUGCAGGACUGUGUGAGAUGCUCCAGCUUUACUGAAGUCCCAUUACAGAGUUGCUGGAAUAGAUAGAAUGAUCAGGGUUAUGUAUUAUUCCUCCCUGCAGCAGGGCAAUGCAUGCUUUCUGCUCGUGGUGUUCUCCUAAGACUUUUGAGAGCCAGUGUGGUGUAGUGGUUAAGAGCUGUAGUCUCGUAAUCUGGGGAACCGGGUUCGCUUCCCUGCUCCUCCACAUGCAGCUGCUGGGUGACCUUGGGCUAGUCACACUUCUUUGAAGUCUCUCAGCCCCACUCACCCCACAGAGUGUUUGUUGUGGGGGAGGAAGGGAAAGGAGAAUGUUAGCCGCUUUGAGACUCCUUAAAGGGAGUGAAAGGCGGGAUAUCAAAUCCAAACUCUUCUUCUUCUUCUUUUGACCAGCAGUACAAACUCCACUGCUGUACAUCAGAACAGUUGCCCACCAAUAAGAGAGAGUUUGAGGUCCACAUAGUCCCGUUUACACCUGCCCAAGACUCACAAUAGCUGCAUAUUGGGACUGAAACUGAAUAGAGAGCCAGUGUGGUGUAGUGGUUAAGAGCGGUAGUCUCGUAAUCUGGGGAACCGGGUUCGCGUCUCCGCUCCUCCACAAGCAGCUGCUGGGUGACCUUGGGCCAGUCACACUUCUCUGAAGUCUCUCAGCCCCACUCACCUCACAGAGUGUUUGUUGUGGGGGAGGAAGGGAAAGGAGAAUGUUAGCCGCUUUGAGACUCCUUCGGGUAGUGAUAAAGCGGGAUAUCAAAUCAAAACUCUUCUUCUAGUAUGUGCAGGUGUUAUACCCCAAGAGUCACAACCCGUCUCUCACAGAUUGCUGUUUGCUUUAUUGAACUACAAAACUUAAUCUCCUAUAUCUCUUCCCCUCCCCCCCACGUCCAGGUAGGAGCUGCAAACAAGCACCAGAAUAAAACUGCUCCCCAGACUCCUUUAACCCCAAGGCAAAACAGGAUGGCUCUUCCCCAGAUUCCCAAAGGAGGCAAGGUCUUUGGUGAGGCUCUGGUGUCUGACACUGUCCCACCUGCCACUGGCAGGAUUGCAGAGAGCCUGGCGCUGGGCUAAUGCUCUCUUGCUGGUAGUUGGAAGGAGGCUGGGCUGCUGUGAGGGGAACGCAGCAGGUUCUAGGGCUGCUUAAUGUUGGGGCAUCCAUUGGGUCCCUGGCCUCUGUGGAGGGCACAGAGAUCAUAUGCAGGGGCAAGGGGCUUUGCGGGGAAUGCAAGCCAGAACAGAGGGAGCAGGGAGCACCUCUGUUUCUCAGAGGAAAGGGGUGCAGGCUGACACUUGAGCCCAGGGCUUGAGUCUCCUGCCUGGCGCCUCACUAACACUUGCUCUGCUCCCAUUUCUCUCGCCUCAGAGAAACCAGGCCAGAAGCUGCCAGGCCUCCCUGCCCGCUUCUCCCACGCCAAAGCAGCCCCUUUGGGCACUCCUGACAUGGCGCCCUGGACUGGGCCCUCUCAGUCCGAGACCUCCUUCCAUGCCCUUUUCAAGCCUGUGGUGUCCUUCUUGCACAGUGUCCCUUUCUCGGCAGCAGGAACUCCCAGCUCCUGCAGCUUCUUCCAAGACCACCUCGGAGAGAAGGCGCUGGCGGCCGAAGGGGAGCAGCGGCCGAGGACCCUGCUGCUCCAAGGCAAGGCGAAGCAGAAGGCAAGCCGGAGCAGAGGCUCGCCCAGGCACUUCCGGAGCAAGUGGCAGGGGGUGAAGCUGCCGCCCGUGCCCAGCAUCACCAACCUCAACUUCAGCCGCAAUUUCACCUUCUCCUUCUUUGAGCUGCCUCCACAUCAGGGCCCCCAGUACUGGGUGCAGCGACAGCAGCUCAUCCGCCUCCUCAUGAAGCAGCUGCAGUAG